UUAGCUGUAUACAACAAGAUGCAGGAGUCUCUGGAAGUGACCCUUCCCAGCAAGCAAGAGGAGGAUGAGAAAGACCAGCCUGCAGAAAUGGAGUACCUUAACUCUCGCUGCGUCCUUUUCACUUACUUCCAGGGAGAUAUUGGUUCAGUUGUGGAUGAACACUUUUCAAGAGCUUUGAGCCAAGCCAGUAGCUUCAAUCCAGAAACUGCCCUUACCAAGAGUAAGGCAGGGCUAAGUCCUCUGUGGAGAGAAAGCUCAACAAUUUCAAGCCAAAGGAGCAGUUUCCCAACUUCAUUUUGGACCAGCUCUUAUCAGCCUCCACCUCCACCAUGCUUAAGUGGAGUACACCACGAUUUCCCCGUUACUGCACCAGGCACCUUCCCAACACCAGAUCCCAGCAGCUGGCCAGGACACGGCCUUCAUCAAACUGCCCCACCUCCUCCCCCUGCUGCAUCCGAAUCCUGGCAUUAUCCUUUAGCAUCUCAGGUGAGCCCUUCGUAUGCACACAUGCACGACAUGUACAUGCAUCGCCAUCACCCUCAUCCACACAUGCACCAUCACCAUCCCAGCUCACACCGUGACCCCCGGUACGGGUCCCUGCUGAUGCCUUCAGUCCGUGCAGCCAGGAUUCCUGCUCCCCAGUGUGACGUGACAAAGACAGAUCCCGCUGCUGUCACCAGCGCUACCUCAGCAUGGGCUGGAGCCUUUCAUGGAACGGUGGACAUUGUGCCAAGUUUUGGGUUUGACACAGGUCUACAGCAUCAGGACAAGAACAAGGAAACUUCUUGGUUCUGAAGCUCAGAUAAAUUAAGACCAGCUAGAGCUGGAGUCAGCGCAGCUGGGCGGGUGAUAUAACAGUCGUUGACUCCUCCAUGGGGCAAAGGACACACAUGAAGAUGAAGAGCCAACCAUUCUGGUUUUGCUAUUGAGCCUUUUGUUUGUAAGGCCGUUUAUGGGUCCCACAGUGUUGGAAAAAAACAAUACCCUAACUUUUCUUUCUUUCCUCAUCUGAGCCUGCUGCAGCUGGGCAACCUAACUCCUUUCUGCUCCUUUAACAGUGUUUCGUUUCGUUCAGCUUGAUAUUUUUUGAACAGUCUCAAUUGUCAGGAAAAAGACUCUCCGUUGACUACAGUGCGCCUCCUUUCAGGAAUACAGUAUUUUGUAGCUCUUUGUGCGUCUAUUUUUGUAGAAAUACAGAAAGUUUGGGUAAGGAUCGAUGGGCUAUUUUAGGAUGACAUAUUUUUUUAAAAAAAAUUGUAAAAUUGUUAAGUUCUGUUUAAAGAACUUGCUCUCAGAGAAGCACUGGCAAAAAAAAAAAAGAAGUAUAAAAUGCUAUUUUUAGAUGUCUGUGAUGUGUUUGUGCAUUUUGGUUUUUUCGUUUGUUACCUCAAAUGUCUGUCUAUCCUUUCUAUUUGAAGACCUAAACCUUCCUUCUUUCCACAUUACUAGAUUUUGAUGUUUUUGUCCUAUUGUUCUAGCUUGAGCAAGUAGAAUUCGCGCCUAAAGUUUCAGCCAAAUAUUUUUCCUGGAGUUAGAUUGCAGUAAGGGUGUUUUUGUUUUCUUGCUUCUAAAGGUGGCUUUGUGCUGUGCUGAUUGUCAGAAACUUGCAAACAGCUUUAGCAUGGGGCAAAGCUUGGGGUUAUAGGCACUGUAUUUCCAACCCAUCCAUUCUUUCAAAAUGGACCAAAUACUCCUACGGAUUUAAAUCAGAGUUGAGUUUGGGCCGCAUCUAUGAUCCAUUGAAGCUGUUCCAUUGAACACAGUAGCCUGUGGGUUAUGUUUCAGGCCGUCAUAGUGCUCGUGAAUGUCAGGAUACUCCGUAUUUUAACUCAAGAGGCAGGACUUUCAGCUAAGCCAUUUCAAGGGUGGUAACUUCUAACAUCAGUGUUCAGGAAAGAAAUGUCAGUUUUAUAAAAGUGUGUGACUUGUGGAAACAAAAUAUUUCCAACUGGCCUGAUCUGUCUGCUGAGCACCUCAAGGGAAGCACUGAAACUUUCAACUCCUGUUGACUUCAAAAACUGUUUGUCUAACCUAAGAUUUGCUGUGAGCCUUACGAGACCCCAGCUGCAGCUCUUGAACUUUUAAGAACUUGCAUGUUUUCA